CAUGCCUUUGUCUUACACGUUAUUCGCAACAUCUAUCAAGCGCGCUGUUCAGCACUCGUGCAAGCAACCCUUGCUGCAAUCCGUAGUACCUCAGGAUAAUCUGGUCCCGUGCUGCGACCUGCACUAUGCAACAGCAAUUAGCGCACCAAACUUGUGGCUCGCGCCAUGCCCGGCCACUUCGGUGCUCCGCACCCUUCAUGCCGCGGCCAUUGCGGUCGCCGCUGGGCGCGCGCUCAGCUUCGGAUGGCGCGUCAAUCAACCUCCAAAAUGCCGCGCCUUCCGCGCCCGGAGGUGCCUCGAAGCCUGUGAUUCCUGAAGCGCCAGGCUUAACCGCUGCUGCCGGGCCCUCGCCCCAGCGUGCCGCUGCUGCUGCCGGCCCUGAGCAAGCCUCCUCCUCCUCGUCGUCGUCGUCAGCAGCAGCGGCGCUGCCGGGGCCAGACCUAGAGGAGAAGCCUCCAAUGAGCCUUGGGGAGCGCGUGAAGAGGUUUUUCGCCGGCAGCAAGCUGGACAAGCAGCGCCUCGCGGCCCUGGGGUUCGGCGCGUUUUCAGCCUACGGAGUCAUCUCAAACAUAAAUGCGGGCAUUCUCAUCACGAUAGCGUGGCUCACGGUGGUGCGCACGACCGGCCUCACGCCCAUGGAUGCCGGCAACUGGCCCAAGUUCCUGGCCAUUUACGCCGGCCUGUGGGUGGGCUCCAACUUCCUGCGCCCCAUCCGCCUCACACUGGCGCUGGCGGCCGCGCCCCUGUUCGACGGCGCCAUCACCGCCGUGUCCAAAAGGACGGGGCUGCCCAAGGUGCCGGCGUUUGUGGUGAUGCUGUUCUUCAUCGCCAUCGGCACCACCAGCCUGCUGGUCACCACCAUCGCCGCACUGGGCGGCUUCCCACCCGGCUGCCGCAUGCCUUGGCAGCCGCUGGCUUGAUGCGGAGCAGGGCUGUAGGCGUGGGGCGGCAGGAGCGGGGUCGGCAUUGAGGGAGGAGCCGGCCAAGGGCCGCCGCUGAGCAGACGCGUAGCGCAUGCGGUGUGUGAUGGCAGGCGGGAAGGCAGGCCGCGUUUUUCGGGGGUACACACAGCCGUGGCACAGGUGGAAGAGCUGUUUUGCAGGACACAAGGAAACGGCGCCCAUUUCCUUAGGGGAUGAAGCGGCGCCCUGUUUUGACGGGCUGCUGUGAGGGAGCGGAUGCGCUGAAAGUUUUGAAAGACUCUUGUCGCUGUUUUAUGUUGAUUGCACGUCAUUCUGACGCUGAGCUGAUCGGGAAUGGGGGCAGGGCGAUCGGAGUUGGAGUGGCG